AUGGCACUAGGCUUUUUGGAAGAUUUCGUUUGCGCCACAUAUUUCAGCACGCUCUUAUGUGUGCUGGAUAUAGUGAAGCAUGCUGUCUAUAAGGACCGUAAGUUUGGGAUUUUCGGACGCUUUGGGACUUUUGUCCUUUCAGGGUUGCUGCUUCUAGUCAUGAUGUGUCCAUUUAUUGCCGACUUGUUACUAGUAGUGCAUCGAGACAUGAGGUUCAGUAGCGGACUGGCCGCAACCAUCAUCAGAGAACAAGUAGAAGCAUCUACAUUUUCACUCGACCAUCGUGGUUUUGAGUGCAUGCGUCGGCAGAUCCGCAAGCAGACACUUCUUGUUGAUGCAUUCGAUGUUCAAAAUUACUUCGUGUCAUUUCUCGCGGAUGAAGUAGUGCAUGAUGAUCACGCGCUUCGUCCGAGCACGGUUUUUGACGUUGUUGGCUGA